GCUUCUACAACAAAAUUUUAAUAGGAGAUAGGACUAAUUCAUCUGUUUUUCGUAUCUUGGAAGAAAAUGUAGGCGUAGAAUUUCUGAUUCGGUGGGUUCUAAUUAAUAUCACAGAGUUUUUUCCCAAAAUAAAAUUUGCCACCUUCCAUUAUUUUUUAGAUAGAAGAGAAUGUUUUUUUGGUUGUCUUUAAGUAAUAUUUUUUAAAAUUUUUUAUUAUGUUAGUUUAUGGAUAAUACUAACUUACAAAAGUUUCGAGCAGAAUGGGUAGCAGAAAUUGUUACGAAAAAGAAAGACCCCAAUUCAAUUGGUGAUAGUACAGCUGAUGUCAAAGUUGGCAAUGUUACUGAUUCAGACAUACAUGCAGCCAGUAGCAAUUGUAGUGAAUUGCAAAGUAGAUCGUAUCCAAACGUGUUAGCUGAUGUCAAAGUUGAUAAUGUUACUGAUUCAGACAUACAUGUAGCCAGUAGCAAUUGUAGUGAAUUGCAAGGUAGAUCGUAUCCAAACGCGUUUGAAAUUGCAAAUAAAUAUUUAAGAGAUGUUAAUCCAGAAUGUUGUAUGUGUGUGAAACAAAAAAAGAAGAUUCAAAAAGAAAAGCAAUCCAAUGAAAAGCAUAAUAUGUGCAAAUGUUGUAAUAAUACCUCGAAAAGAUUGAAAUUAGAUGUGAACACGAAAUUCCAUGAAGAUGCAACAGUAAAUGAAUACAAUGAAAAAAGCGAAAACUUGAUCGAUUUGUUAAUUGCAGAUAUUGAUGAAAUAACUUGCAUUCCUUUCUUUGAUCUUGAAUUGCCAAAAGAAAUUGCUGUUCGGAUAUUCCAAUAUUUGUCUUUGGCAGAUUUAGCUAGUUGUUGUUUAGUGAACUCCAAAUGGAAAUUAAUUGCUGAAGAUGACUUGAUAUGGUUGUAUUGGUGCGAUGCAUUGGGCGUGCGUGAGGAUACAGAUUGUGUUGCAGGGCGUAGCGGAUGGAAAAUAUAUAUAAAAGAGAAGUUGUUAGAAAGAAGAAGAAUACGCAGCAAAUGGAAAGAAAGAUAUUGCGAGGUACGAGACUUGGAAAAUGAAACAGGUGGAAUUCUAUGCUCAGCAGCCAUAUAUGACGCCACAUUGAUAUCUGCUUACAUUAAUGGAUCUGUAAAACUUUGGGACCUCUCAUCAGGAAGUUAUGGUCAAAAUUUGAAGGAAAAAUACAGCAGAGAUGAGGAUAUUGUAACGUCCUCGUGUACAUGUGUAGCCAUGAAUAAUGACAUUUGUGUUGCUGGAUUUCAAAAUGGUGAUCUGAUGGUGUGGCAACGAAAUGCUGAUGGUCGUUUAUCGGCUCAAUUGAUAUUUAUGCGCCAUUUUGAAGUUGACGUCAUACGUAGCGUGCACGUGAGUGAAGUCAGCAGUAAAUACAACAUGCUGGUCUGUGUUGUAUCAAUAUCCAAUUUUUUUGUCCUUCGACCUGAUGAAAAUAAAUCGCUGCAAGAAUGGACAUGGGAGACGCUUUUAAACGAGCAACUGGGAGAUAGGAUAGUGAGUUUUCUGUUAAUUGAUUCGAGUGUGGACACACCCAAACUUGCAGUUACCAUUCAUAACCAGCUACGCGUAUACACUCUCCUUCAUGGGGCUUUUAUCGUAUUCGACACUUUGAUUGGUGCAUCUUUUUCUAAUAUUGACCACAAAAGUGAAUCUCUUGUUGCUGGUAUUAACAGCUUUGGUUAUAACAUUCUUGGUGGCUUUCGGAUCAGAAAAUAUUCUUUAAGCAGUGGUAAACAAGUCUCCAAUAUAAUUGGUCCGCACACAAGAAUCACAAGUCUUAAUUAUGCUGAUUGUCAUAACGACGAAGUUGUGAUUGGUUGUUCAGAUCACAAGAUUCGAAUUUAUGAUUUAAAAACAGAAAAAUUGUUGUUUGUGAUCAACGCAAUAGACUCUGAGAUCACGACCUUACAGAUGGAUGAGUGGAAAGUGGUAAGUGGUCAUAAAGAUGGCAAUGUUUGCUUGUGGGAUCGAUCAAAUGAUGCUUUGUGUUGGCAGACGACACUUAAGCAUCCUGUGCAGUUGUGUCGCUUCAAUGAAAACUUUUUAACGAUUGUGAAUAUUCCAACAGAUAAAUUUCCUCAAAAUUCAAACUGGUUUGCCGAUGAUCUUAUUCAACACAGACGGUACAGAGGAAGUAUUCGAGUUAUGGACUUUACAAAAGACACAUUCAAUUUCACCGUUCCUCACGAAUGUCGAGCGGAGUAUAACAAUAUAACUGGUUAUGAUUACAACAUUCAACUGAUCGCUCCCUACGAUGAUGUUGCAGCGCUGAACUUACCGAAAUUGUAGGACAUUGUCGGUGAACAUCAACCAAGUUAGAUCGUAAUGCACGACUGGACAAUAAGCUAGCCAAACACGCAGUUGAAUCCGCCCGAAAUAAGACCAGUUUUCGCCUUUUUUGGUUAUUCAAAGGUAAAAACUAAGGCUUAUGCGUCGUUUUGAUUUGCCAAAACAGUGAGAACCAUAGUAUGUUAUUCCCUGCUACGAUCCAAUUUCAGCUGUAUUAGCUCCUUGUGCAAGGUAGAAGACAAAAAACUAGAAGUUCCAGUGAUCCUGAUAGUUCUGGAGAAUUCCAAAAUACUGUUUAUAUUAUUAAUUUAUUACUGCUAUUUUUAUCGCCAUAUUGUAUUGCACUUUAAUUUUGAUAAUGACUACUACUACUA